CCCUCCCCCACUUUCUCUCCCUCCCGCUCUCUCUCUCUCCCUCACCUAUCCUCUCUCUCUCUCUUCUCUUCUUCCUUCUGUUUAUCUCUUUAAGCCUCACUCAACAUCUUUCCAUUUCACACCGGCUUUGUCAUUCACACCGUGAACGAUGCCUCAUUUAUCUUAGAUGAAUUAUUUGACUAAUCAUUAUUGUUAACCUGUGUAUACAAUAUAUAAGCCGCAAUUAUCUUAUUAAGACAUUAAAUCAUUUCAAAAGUAGACCUUCAUCGGAUAUCAUCUUUGUGUGGAGCAACUAUGGCGAAUAAGGAAUUCCUUCCCCCGUCUCAUCUAAAAGCUUCGGCUCACGUCAGCAGCAUGGCCCAAUACAAACAAAUGUAUGAACAAUCCAUUUCUGAUCCGGAAUCCUUCUGGAGAGAAAUUGCCAAAGAUUUACACUGGGAAUCUCAGCCAAGUGAUAAAUUUUUCGAUUAUAACUUCGAUCACACGUCGGGGCCGAUCUUCGUCAAGUGGAUGCAAGGUGCUAAGACGAACGUCGCUUAUAAUGUCUUGGACCGUCACAUUCAGAACGGAAAGGGCGAUAAAAUCGCCUUUUAUUGGGAAGGUAAUGACGUUAUGGAUGAGAAAAAAAUUACUUUUUCUGAACUGAAGACUGAAGUUUGCAGAUUUGCCAAUGUCUUGAAAGACUUCGGAAUCCAGAAAGGUAACAAGGUGUCUUUGUAUAUGCCGAUGAUUCUCGAACUGGUCAUUGCAAUGUUGGCUUGCGCUCGGCUCGGAGUUGUUCAUUCAAUUGUGUUUGCUGGCUAUUCAGAAAGAGCCCUUUCUGAGCGAUUGAUGGGAUGUGAAGCCUCUAUAAUUAUUACUGCAGAUGGCAUGUGGAGAGGAACAAAAUUAAUAAACUUGAAGAAUAUUGCUGAUGAAGCCAUCAAACGUUGCAAGGAAAAUGGCUACAAUAUUGAUCAUUGCAUUGUUGUGCGCCACCUGAGUCCGAAUCCGAAUGAGCUGAGGAACGGAAACAGUUGUACUCAGCAAAUUCCUGCGAAACGCCCGUGUUAUGAUCUGAAAAUUAAUUGGGACAGUUCUCGUGACAAAUGGUGGCAUGACUUAAUGUCGACCAAAACGGAUGAAGAAUCAAAGAAAUGUCCCCCAGUCUGGUGUGAUGCUGAAGAUCCUCUUUUUAUGUUAUACACGAGUGGAUCUACGGGAAAACCAAAAGGUGUCCUCCAUACGACCGGCGGCUACAUGUUAUAUGCUUACACUACAUUCAAGUAUGUCUUUGACUAUCAUGACGACGAUGUGUUCUGGUGUACUGCUGAUAUUGGCUGGAUCACAGGCCAUAGUUAUGUCUGCUACGGACCCUUGGUUAAUGGAUCAACAAGUGUGAUUUUUGAAGGAGUCCCAUAUUAUCCAACUGCUGGACGUUACUGGGAGAUUGUGGAAAAAUAUAAAGUUUCCAAAUUCUAUACUGCCCCCACUGCUAUUAGAUGUCUGAUGAAAUAUGGAGACGAAUUUGUCAAUAAUCAUGAUGUGAGUUCCCUGAAGGUCCUGGGUAGCGUUGGUGAACCUAUCAAUCCUGAGGCUUGGUUGUGGUACCACAAUGUGGUUGGGAAAGGAAAAUGUGCUGUUGUUGACACUUUCUGGCAAACGGAAACGGGUGGCCAUGUGCUAACUCCUUUGCCUGGGGCAACUCCUACAAAGCCAGGAUCCGCUACUUUCCCAUUCUUUGGAAUUCGUCCUGCAAUUUUAACUGCUGAGGGGAAGGAAGUAAAAGGACCAGUUGAAGAAGGCUAUUUAGUUUUCAAACAACCAUGGCCUGGUAUGAUGAGAACAGUUUAUGGCAACCACGAAAGGUUUGAAACGACAUAUUUCAAGAAGUUUCCCGGAUAUUAUUGCACAGGAGACGGUGCUCGUCGUGAUGAAGACGAUUACAUCUGGAUUACUGGUCGAAUUGAUGACAUGGUCAAUGUCUCUGGGCAUUUGAUAAGCACUGCAGAAGUGGAGGCUGCCAUUGCCGAACACAGUGCUGUCGCCGAGGCGGCCGUUGUGUCUCAUCCUCAUUCUGUGAAGGGUGAAUGUACCUACGGCUUUGUCAUACUCAAUGAUGGAUUUGAACUGACCGAUAAAUUGAUCACCGAACUGAAAUGCAAAGUUCGUACCAAAAUAGGACCGUUUGCCCAACCAGAUUAUAUCCAAUAUGCUCCUGGCUUGCCUAAAACUCGAUCUGGAAAGAUUAUGCGGAGAAUUCUUCGUAAAAUUGCUGUUGGAGACACAGAUUUUGGUGAUAUAAGUACUCUUGCUGAUGAAUCUGUCUUAGGAUUGAUUUUGAAGCAUAGACCCCAAACUAUAAAAGCCUGAAAAUAUUGAAGAACUUUUCACCUUACAUGUUCUUUGGAAAUUUCAAGUGAAAUUGAAAACUUUGGACCAAUUCUAGAAAUUGUUGUUAUUUUUUUUUUUCUUUUUGAUAAUCAUAGUACAUAUCGUUAUUCUAAUCAUAGUUGGUAUUUCAGAUUUAAUUGUUUUGUAAUAUGUAAGACUAAUGAAUGAAUUUGUUCUCUGAGUGAAAUAUUUCAACUUAUGAAAAAAAAAACUGUUCUUUUUGAUAAGAUUAGAUUGCUAGAAUUUGGUACUUUGAAGGAUUCUAAAAAAAAAUGUUUACUGUAUUAGGAAUUUGUUCAAGUGAAAUGUUUGCAACAAGAUCAGUGUGCAUUACAAUCCAUACUCUCUUCAGACGCAUCACAACAAUCAAAUAUUGUAUUUGUUUGUUUAAUUUACUCUCUCUCUCUCAACCACUUUGUAAAUUAUUGGUUUGUUUAUGGCCAGAAAGGAACUUCCACUAGAAAUAAGGUUUCUAUUUAUCAAUGAUGAUGAAUUGGUCACUAUUGUGCUUCUUUUUUUUUCUUCUUUAAAUUAACUUUUGGAAAGGAGAAAAUGAGAAUAGUGUGUUCUGGUAAAAAAUCACGUCUCUGAUGAAAAUGCUGAUGAAUUGUGUUGGCAAAAAAAUUCAUCCACAGAAGAGUUUGUUGAAGAAUUCAGUAUGUUUAUUUGUCCUGAGGAGUGAAAGAACCUUAAUGUUUUAAGCGCUUGCCCUCCUUCUGAAACAGAAAAUAUAUAGCAGUUGUUACCAUGGUUACAAAAUGGUGAAUGACUCUUUCACUUCUUGUUAAAAACUAAACUCUUCUCUGAACUCUCUGAAGGAGAUUUUGCAACGGAUUUUGCAUUUUUUCUUGUAAUUUUAAUACUUCUGUUUUUUACCGUUUGGCGCUUCGUUUUGUUAGCAUUAUUGGCAAUAAAAACAAACAAGAUUCUGAUAAAAAGUUUCCAUUACAUUGAGAUUAUUUUGGUUAAGAGAGAUGAGAGUUAGUAAGUCAUAGUAAAAAUUUGUUGUGUUAAAGAAUUUUUGAAGAAUUUAUUAGCCAGAAUCCAAAGGGCCUCAUAUUUGCUUCAUUGUAGUGGAAGUUCUCGAUGCUAAAACUUCUCUGUAUUAUAAUAUUGUUUGGUAAUCUCAAUUCCUAAAGCAAUAAUUUUCCAUAACAGUAAUUCAUCAUUCAUGAUUUCUUCACAAAAACAAAACAACAUUCCAAUUUUAUUUGACUUCCAAAAUAAUAUUAUGAUACUCAUCAAUCUUUAGUAUUUAAUCUUUUAAUCAUAUUCUCAAGUUGUUGUGAAAACCAUUUACAGCAUUAAAUUUCCUGUGAUUCAUAAAUUCUCUGCAAAUAUCUGUGGCAGAUUAAAAUAUUCUCUUGAUAAAAUAGUGAGUUUGAUCUCUUCCUGAAGCAAUAAAUAUUGUCACAAGUGUCUGACUUUUCUAAAAGACUUCUAUAUAUAUCCUGGAAUAUAUUUCUGAAAUAUAUAUGCAUAAAAUAGGCACUAAACAUUCAAUUUGAUAUUGAGUAUAAAAGCAAUAAAUUUUAAACAAUGCCUUACACGGAUACCAUAUAUUUAGUGCAGUUUCUCAAACAGGAAACCUGGUAUUUUGUUGUAUCUGAUCAAUCAUUUUGAUUCCAAAAGCAAUAAAACAAUUUACAUGGAAAAAUAAAUUUCAUAACAUUGUUAUAAUUUUGAUAUUUUGAUAAUUAUCCUUAAGGCAGUGAGCUGGCAGAAAUGUUAGCACGCUGGGCGAAAUGCUUUGCGGCAUUUCAUCUGUCUUUACAUUCUGAGUUCAAAUUUUGCCGAGGUCAACUUUGCCUUUCAAUAAAAUAAGUACCAGUUGCAUACUGGGGUUGAUGUAAUUGACUUAAUCCCUCCCCCGAAAUUGUCUUAUGUCAAAAUUUCAAACUAUUAUUUGAUAAUUACUUAUUGAAAGUUUAAAGUAUGCAAUCCAUAUUUGACUUCUAAUUUUCUGAAUUUGUUGCUUAUUAUAACUUUUGUUAUGAACUAAAUACAAAAAAAAAAAGAAGCAAAUUGUUAUAAACUGAAUUUU